CGACACAUUCCUCUCAUACAUGCUGCAAGACUGUACUCUUUGAACUUCUAGAGACACUGAACUUUCAAGGUCUUACUCAUACGUCAGGACCGCCCAUGUCACACCAACCAAUUCUCCCUGUCACCAAGGUCUCAUAAAUCUCACCACCACAUAUCACUCAACACAUAAACAGCGCGGCUACUCGCCCAGGAGGUUUCAUUCACAUCACCUUUUUAUUAUACACAACUCUGCCCAAAAAAAAAAUGUCGCUCCCCACAGAAACGGCAGAACGCCAAGAAGACGCCUACUUCUCCUCCCAACCGCCCCCCAGAAACCUCGAAUCCCACGUCGCCGCCGCCCGCUCCUUCAUAGACCACCACGCCGCCUCCAGCCGACGCAUCGUCCUCGUCACCUCGGGCGGCACCACCGUGCCCCUCGAGAAGCAGACGGUCCGCUUCAUCGACAACUUCUCCGCGGGGACCCGCGGCGCCACCUCGGCCGAGUACUUUCUCGAGGCCGGCUACGCCGUCAUCUUUUUGCACCGCCAAUUCUCGCUGCAGCCGUACUCGCGCCACUACUCCCACGCCACGGAUUGCUUUUUGGAUUUCUUGGCCGAGGGCGAGGAUGGUACUGUCGUCGCGAACGCGGCGCAUCAGGAGCGCAUGCGUGCUGUGCUGCGCAAGUAUACCGCCGCCAAGAGGGGUAACAUGUUGCUGAUGCUGCCGUUUACUACGAUUACGGAUUAUUUGUUUGAGCUGCGCGCUAUUGCGGGCUUGUUGAGACCCUUGGGCCCGUCGGCGCUCCUCUACCUCGCCGCCGCGGUGUCUGACUUCUUCCUACCUCAAGAUAGGAUGGCCGAGCACAAGAUCCAGUCUACCAACGCCACGGACUCUUUCUCUGGAGCUGGAGCAGGAGCAGGAUCAGCUACAGCGACUACCACAGCCAAACCCGCCGGAACCAGCACCAGCAACGGCAACAGCAACACCUCCAACGCAGAAGACGAAGAAGCUUUCGACAACUUCGACUCCACCAAAGUAGCCAAAUCCAAAUCCCUCGUAAUCGACCUCGACCCCGUCCCCAAAUUCCUCCAGAACCUCGUCGACGGCUGGGCCCCGCAGGGCAUGGUCGUCAGCUUCAAGCUCGAGACGGACCCGGCCAUCCUCGUGCACAAGGCCAAAUACUCUCUCGACCGGUACCAGCACCACCUCGUCAUCGGCAACCUGCUGUCCACGCGCAAGUGGGAAGUCGUCUUCGUCGCGCCCGGAAGGGCGGACCGGUGGGUUCGCGUGCCGAGCGUCCAGCGCAAGACGCCCGCCGGCGGCGGUGAUGAGAGUGGUGGUACCUGGGAGGAUAAGCCGCUUGAUCCCAGCGCGCUGCCGGAGAGUGACCCCGAGAUGGAGAUUGAGAGCUUGAUUAUCCCUGCUGUGCAGGAUUUACAUUCGCAGCACAUUGAGUCGCUGCAGAAGUAGAGGCAGAAAGAGAGAGUGUGUGCCAGCGACGGAGCAAGGAUUUCAGGGUUUCUGGCAAAGACAUUUUGGCAAGCGUCACGUAUAU